AUGGAUUGCAAAAGUUUAAAAUCACCACGGUUAACUGAAUAUAAAAGAAAUUGCAUUCCCCAAGAUGAAGAUGAGUUUAUCACUAUGCAAAAAGAAUUAUAUGAAGAAAUUUUUUCAGAAGAAUAUGACAUUCUUGAUGAAUUUAAACGUCAGUAUAUGGAAUAUUCUAUUACAGAAUCGGAAAUCGCAAUAACAUCUAGUAAUGAUGAGAAGAAAUUUGUAAUGUGUCCACAUUGUUAUAAUGGAAAUAUUAAAGUAAGAAAAAUUAGCAAAUUUGUUGUUGUUGUUGCCUGCAAAAAUUGUGAUUUUGAUCAUACAUUUUAUAAUGAACAUAUAUGUCCCGAUGAAGAUGAUAUAAAUGAGUUAUUUCAAAUUGCUACAGCUAAACAUCAAAAAACUGGUUGUUACAAAAAGGCUAGUAUUUCUUCUGUCAAAGGAAAUGAUAUAUUUGGGAAGGAUAGUUUUUUAUUUAUUAAAUGUAGUGAAUGUCAAUAUGAUAAUAAAUUUAAUUUUGAAUUUUUUUAA